AUGUCUGCUGAACAACAAGAUGUCGAAUCCAAGUACCAAGUUACUCACUCUACCUCUCCCGCUCCUCCAGUAGUAGCUGCUCCUACUAUCGCUAAUCCAGGUCCUUUGGGUCUCUGUGGUUUUGCCUUGACUACUUUUGUCUUGUCACUUCACAAUGCUGGUGCUGGUGUGUCUCCCACCGGCCCUCAUGGUGUCGUUACUGGUCUUGCUUUCUUUUAUGGCGGUCUUGUUCAGCUCUUGGCUGGUAUGUGGGAAUUCAAGACAGGUAACACAUUUGGCGCAACCGCAUUUUCCAGUUAUGGUGGUUUUUGGUUGUCCUUUGGUAUGAUCUUCAUUCCUGGAGCCAACAUCACAGGUAGUUAUGGCACUGACAAGGCUCUUAUGGAGAAGUCUAUUGGUUAUUAUCUUUUGGGCUGGACCAUCUUCACUGGUAUCAUGCUGAUCGCCUCUCAUCGUUCAAACUUUGGCCUCAUCUCUCUGUUCUUCUUCUUGUUCAUCACAUUCAUCAUGUUGACUGCUGGUAAAUUGAACGAGUCUACUCCCUGUACCGUUGCUGGUGGUGCCCUUGGUGUUGUCACUGCCUUCAUCGCUUGGUACAAUGCCUUAUCAGGUUUAUUGACCAAGCAAUCAUCUUAUUUCACCUUGCCUAUUGGUCGUAUCAACUAA